CGUAGAAAUGUCAAGAGUCUUGAUUCUAGGAAAGAAAUAUAAAACAUUAUCCCAAUUAUCGCAAAACAGACCAAAUAUAAUAGGAGAUAAGAAUUCACAAUGCACUGAGCCAGCCAAUAUAAAUUGAUGUGCCGCCUUAAGGAAAUUAUUAAUUCAGAUUGGAUCGCGAUCUCGACAACUACUCGCAUAUAAAACAAUGGCCAACGCAAUCCUCCUAGUUUCCCUGAUGGCUGUCCUUCUAUGCCUGGCGUCCAUUGGGUGCGCUCAAGAUGAUAGCGAGCUCAAGAGCGAGGCACGUCGAUUGAUUGACAUCUACAAUAAUCCUGAAGUGGACACUGCCACAAAGUUUAACAAUCUGGAGAGCCUUGCCAAGUUUUAUGAGCAGCAUUCCGAUUAUCUUCAACUGCCUGCAGACCAAAAGCAACGCCUUAUUGAAUUUUUGGAGAAGCACAAACUUAUGAAAAGUGAAGAAGUUCUUGUCGAUGGAGUUCCAGCUAACGGUGGCUGGUUGGCGUCUAUGCAGGUAAAAGGAGUGAUACAGAUGGCCUGUGAUUUAGUAGGAGUGUCUUUCCAAUUUAACACAUCGGCCGAAAUGGGAAUGGGAUGCCACCGAGGGCGCUGUGCACAGGAAGUGGAAUGCCCGCGAGAGCGCUGUGAAACGGCCAAACUAGCUUAUAUAGACUAAUUUUCGGCUUGGUUUUUAUCGAAGCCAGUUAUAUGUUCAGGACUUAGUCCAUGUAAUCCACUGAACUUAUCAAUCUGAAACUGUAAAAUAUAUAUAGUGAACAUUCAA